UAUAACAGAGACAUUAUUUCACAAAAUAAACUUGAUAAAACGAUAGUUUGGACUGUUAAGUACACAAAAACGUGUAAAACUCAAAAUCGAUAAUUCAUGACUUCACUCGGUAAUCUGGCAGCUGUGUAAAAUCUACAUAUGCUACUUCCGACUGAUUUUGCUGUCCCGGGUCACAAAUAAGCAAAUAAAUAACUAUAAAGGCGCACAUGUGUAACACUGUGAAAGAACACUGUAUUAGUAUUCCUGUUUUCAUCUUGCAACAUAACAUCACCGUGUGCGUGACGCAUAAAACACUGAUGCUUCCUUUACUUAUGAUUAGUUAAGCUCUGAUUGAUGACACCUGAAACUUUAAAGCGGCGCAUGCACAGAGGCAAAGCCUCCUUAGGAUAGGCUUAGAUUUCUCUGUGAAGCUGCAUUCACCGCUAACUUGCAAUGGGGACUGUAAUAAAAAUGUGCUUUUGCUUGUGUUACUCUGCAUGGCUCGUCUUACCUAAUGUAUGUGACAGUCUUUGUAGAGCAAAACGAAAUUCCGCGGCAGGCCCUGAUGACGGGCCACCGAAUUUUGAAGACCGUCAUCGUGGCACCAUACUGCUGUCUUCUUUGCUAAAAGCACUCUCUGACAAAGACGGCUGGGAAGACCCUACCCCGCGGUUCAGACCCGAUUCAAAGUAUCUCCGGUACAUGAAAAGAUUAUACAGAAUGUCUGCCACUAACGAAGGAGUGCCAAAGCUGAAUAAAAGUCUUCUGUAUAACACAGUAAGAUUGUUUACCCCGCAAGCCGAGUGCCUCCACAAAAUCAAAGAGGUUUUCACACAAGAUCUGUCUUACAGCUUGGAUCGCGUGACUGCCCAGGAGCACCUUCUGAAGUCUGUUCUCCUCUACUCGUUUGAGAGAGCACCCAUGGCUCCUGUUGCGUCUGUCUGCCGUGUGCAUCUCAGUGAGCAAGUGGGUCCUGAUGAGCAAGUCUGCUCGAGCACCCAGGACUCCUUCCGCUUCUACGUCCGAAUGGAGAGGAGGACCAGGCGCAAAUGGGUAGAGGUUGAUGUCACAUCUUUUCUAAAGCCUCUACUGGGCUCUUAUAGAAAGAAUAUCCACAUCCUUGUCAAUUUCACCUGUGUGGAAGACAGAAGACAAAAGAGCAGUGCCCAGGAGCAAGAUGAUCAGCUGAACCACACCCUCAAGGCUCCUUCCCUUGUGCUGUACCUGAAUGAUACCAGUGAACAAGCCUAUCGGAGGGGGGCACCACGAGUAAGGAUGCUGAGCUUGGGAAAUCCAAGACCAGCAUCAGAUCCUGCUCAUUUCCAAAGUCCAGUGAUGGUGGAGAAAACAUCCUUGCGAAAUAGAAGAAAUGCAGCGGACAAAGAGCUAGAUAAACAAAUAUCAACACCUGAGACUUUUAGUCUGGACGAACACUAUAAACAUUUUGAGUUCCCCACAGAUGAAUGUGAGCUACAUGAUUUCAGGGUGAGUUUCAGUCAGCUUAGGUGGGACCACUGGAUAAUUGCACCCCACAACUACAACCCUCGCUAUUGCAAAGGGAUUUGUCCAAGGGCUAUUGGUUCUCGAUAUGGGUCUCCAGUUCACACCAUGGUUCAGAAUAUCAUCUAUGAAAAGCUGGACUCCCCUGUGCCAAGGCCGUCAUGUGUCCCAUCCCAAUAUGAUCCCCUAAGUGUUUUAACAAUCGAAAAUGAUGGGUCCAUUGUGUACAAGGAAUAUGAAGACAUGAUAGCUACUAAGUGUACCUGUCGCUGAACCAUUGAGCAGAACGACACAGAUGGAAAAUGUGUACUAGUGGAUGUGCCAUUUUUCGAUUGCAUUAUGAGGGACUUUUUGUAGAACUAUCCAAAUAGUUUUACUAUAUCUUGCAUUAAGGUUCAAAUGUAUGAUGGGACAUCAAGAUUUUGUAAUUGGUAACAUCUAGAACCAGACCAUAAAAUAUAAAGCCAUUAUCACUGUUGAUAAUUACAAAAGUGAAAAAAAAGAUAAAUGCUUUUUUUUUUUUUUUUCUUUCUUUCAAAGUCUGUGCCUUUCCCAUUAAGUAAAUGU